CUAGCAAAAGCCGCGCUGAUUGGACAGCGAGUUCUGACGUUCCUCUUCAGGAAGUAAACACGAGAGCACAGCUCUUCGGUUUCGAGUUAGCUACAUAGCUGGUAUCAGAUAAGAAAAGUGUGAGAAGGGUAACUUCUAGCGACAUCAACAUACUGCUAAGCCAUCCAAAGUCCAAAGCAAUAUUGAUUUACCUCGCAGCCGUGACUGAAGAUUGGUGACACUGCUGGAAGUAUUUUCAAGCUAUUAGCUAGCUAGUUUACAUUAGCAAGUAGCUAACUAAACUAGUGUGCUGCGACUUGCAUAACAUCGACGGACAACCAUCAUCAACGAUAUUGCUAACUAACGUUAACCCUAACUAAAGGGGUUUCCCCUUUUUCAGUUGUGCUACCGUCGCUGCUCCAAUAUGCCUCGUGAGUGCGCUGUUAAAAUGUGCGAAAACAAACAAAAGACUUGGUCGGCUCUAAUGUUCCACCGAUUUCCAUUGAGUAAUCCGGACCGAUUGAAACUAUGGAUGGUUGCCCUGAACAAAGAUGCUGAUACUCCGACCGAGGACCUCAGAAAGUUACUAGUUUGCUCGGAACAUUUUCUACCGGGGGACUAUUAUGAGAAGUUGGGACAGGACAGACAUACGAGGAUGAGAAUCAUGAAAAGUUUCCUGAAGGAUACAGCGGUGCCAUCAGUGGGCGUUCACACGCCAGGACAACGUGGAAUAAUUGCGGUUGAGACAGGAGACGUGCCUCCAGCUGUAGACAAUCCACCAGGUACAGACUCAGCAUCUCCUCCAACCCCACAACAGAGCUCCACCCAUGGAGGGUCAGGUGUUGCUACGGCUACUGCAGGGUUCGUCUCCCAACUGGGUCUGCAGCUGAACAGUCGUCAACAGACAGCGUCAGGGACAGAGCCUGCUUCAAGCUCUGGGACGUACGUGGCCCUGGCACUUAGGAAGAAUAUUCCCUCUAAGACUACAACGGGGGACGCAUGCAGAAGGAAAAAACCAAAGCCCAACGUUCUUGUGGAGCGCAGGAAGAAAGGCCGAAUGGACACAGCCGUUAAGACGACUGCAGUGAAGGACUGUGCCAGUAUGAGGUCUGCGGAGGCUGCCGGCGACGCUGCCGGUCCCAGUGUCGUCACGCCUUUCACCAGCUACAGCCCCUCCGCCUCCAGCCAGGGAUCCAGCUCUGACACUAGUGUGCCGGGAGAAGAGGAUGGAGGAGGAGGAGGAGGAGGAGGAGGAUGGAGCGAAAGGAAGUGGAUCGUGAACGAGUCGAAACUCAAGGAGCUUUUCCAGACGUGUCACCGGUGUGGAGCUGCCCUGCGCAGCAGGACUAUAACCGCUUUGGGUUACAGCCAAAUCAAAGUGACGUGGUCUUGUCCCGACAAGCACAGAGGAGAGUGGCAGUCAUGUCCUGAUGCCUUUGGUGUUGGUCACUACCUGCAGAUGGUUGGUUACAGAGUGGUGCUGGACUCCAUGAGUAGUCAGUUUUUAAGUCACGACUAAGUACCUACUAUUAGUAUGUCAUCUUCAUCUGGUAAAUAACAGGGUCGUAGGAUCCUUGUAUUAACCAGACUGCUGCCAAUCCGUGUAGCAAAACAGAAUGUAAGCUGGCAGGACUUCAGUAUGGUUAUACCAGGUUGGGUUAUUUCAGUAUGGUUGAACCAGGUUGGGGUAUUUCAGUAUGGUUAUACCAGGUUGGGGUAUUUCAGUAUGGUUAUACCAGGUUGGGGUAUUUCAGUAUGGUUAUACCAGGUUGGGGUAUUUCAGUAUGGUUAUACCAGGUUGGGGUAUUUCAGUAUGGUUGAACCAGGUUGGGGUAUUUCAGUAUGGUUAUACCAGGUUGGGGUAUUUCAGUAUGGUUAUGCCAGGUUGGGGUAUUUCAGUAUGGUUAUACCAGGUUGGGGUAUUUCAGUAUGGUUAUACCAGGUUGGGGUAUUUCAGUAUGGUUAUACCAGGUUGGGGUAUUUCAGUAUGGUUAUACCAGGUUGGGGUAUUUCAGUAUGGUUAUACCAGGUUGGGGUAUUUCAGUAUGGUUAUACCAGGUUGGGGUAUUUCAGUAUGGUUAUACCAGGUUGGGGUACUAGUGGAUUGAAAAAUAAACUGAGGAGGCUUGUGUGUUCUCGGCCGAUAUCUGUUCAGGACAAAAUCAGGUCUAACAUUAAAAUGUUAUUGUCAUUAA